CAAAAUUAGCCCAAAACGGUAAGAAAGUCACAAUUACACACAUUGGUUACACUUUACAGUGGUUUGAAUGGCAGAGUCUAUUGGCGCCAUUCCAUCACCAAAAUGGCAAAUCUGACCUGCUCCCCUGAACCACCCUUCCUCCCAGAAAAUCUUUCCUCUUUUGCAAUUCAGAUUCUCUGAAACCCCAAAAAUCAAAAAUCAAAAAAUGCUACCUUUUUCUGACUGGUCCUUUUUUGAUUUCUUAUUCUUCUUUUUUUCACAUGACUAAUCAUCUGAGAUAGAUAUAAUUUCAAAAGUGGUUCUUGUCAGAUUAUAAUCAUACAAGGAAGGAGGCAAGCAGAGGUACUUACUAUAUCUGCAAAAUUCCGGGCUUCCGGCGGAUGUUAACGGCGGUGUUCUCAGGUGGGCUUUGGCUAAAAAUCUUCAUCUUCACCGGUACCGGAGCUUUCUCCGGCCAAACAAGAUUUUCAGCGCAGAAAGAACCCAUUUUUUUGCUCCCUUUUUGUGGGAGAUAACUUUAGUGAAAACAGCUUAUACAUUUGAGAACUCUUUGGAAAAAUAAAAGGCAUACGAAGAGUUUUUUGUUAUUUUUUUUCCGUUGAAAAAGGCCUGAUCUUUUCUGAUUCUGAGUUAGUACAAAAAAAAAACCAUAUCGUUUGGUUUUGUUUCAAAGUUCUAAUCAUGAACUCUCCACCGCUUACAAUUGCUCAACGAGUGAAAGGUCGAAAGCUUUUCCAAGAAAAGCUCCAAGAAAAGCUGUCUGCUGGAAGGAAACAAAAGGCCAAGUAUGUGGAAUCUGAUAAGGAGAGUGAAGAGGAUGUGAGGAGUGUGGGACUCAAGAGAAGAAUGAGGCCUCAAGGGCCGAAUCCAGGAAGGAAAAGGCGCAGAUCAAACAACACCAAUGUGCAUAUUGAGUCCUUGGAGGAGUCUGAUGAGGUUAUAGCAGAACAUGGCAACAAUGGGAUUCAUGAUGUCAGGGAUGAUAGCAGCAGCGAAUCCUCGAGUUCAGAUGGAAUUGAGCUCCUCUCUCAAACUCCAGCUGGUGCUUCCAGCAUGAAUUUCAAACCCAAGCCGAUCGAAGAAAGGAAAGUUGUCACGUUAAGUGAAGAAAGUGAAGAAUCUGAUGGGCAGCAUUUUGGCCACAGUGACAGUGAACCUGAAGUUCAGUUGAUUGAUAAAGCAAUGAGUUCCAAGUCGAUGUUGAGAAAAGGAAAUGGAAAAGGAUCAUCUCAUUCUAGUCAACAAGGCUUGGGCACCAAAAAGCUAGAAGAAAAGCAAGCAUUUGAGGAAAUUAAAGCAUUUCUGGACAAAAGACCUGCAUCUGCACAAUCUAGCCGAAAUUUAGUUGAGAGAGUGCGGAAUUAUCAUGCAGGGGCUGAAGUGAAUUAUCACAGUUCAUUUCAGAAGAACUCCAACUAUGGAAGGAAGCCCAAUGGAGCCACUGGUCUAUCAAAGAACAACAUUGCUACUAACAGGGAGGAAGAGACAAAGUAUUUCAACAAGAGUAACAGGGAGGAAGAGCCAAAGUAUAUCAACAAGAGUAACAGGGAGGAAGAGCCCAAGUAUUUCAACAGGAUUAAAAAAGGGUCCAAAUCUAAAAAAGAAGAGAUUUUAUCUUAUCCUUCGAGUGAUUCUUCCAGUUCCACUGAUACAGAUGAUGACGACAGUGAUGAUGAAGAAUAUCAAGCCGGAGAGACCUAUUCCUCUGCCAGUGAGGAGUUAUUGAGCUCUUCGACUAAUGAAGAAGAUGAAAAAGGUGAAGAUGAAGAAGAAGAUGAAGAAUAUAGCACUACAAGGGAGGAAGAAAGUGAAGGAGAAAGAACAAAAGAGGAGGUCACGGAGAAAUCUAGGACAAAAAAAUCAAAGCCACCCCAAUCUGAAGAUGAAGAAUCUUACAAGAUUAAACCACAUGGGAAGAUAAGGGAAAGCAAAUGCAGAAGAGGUGGUGAUCAAGCUUGUUUUGAGAAAGCUGAUAAUGAAAGCAUCAAGGGCACGGAAAAUUUAGAUGGAGAGAAAACUAAUCAGCUGCACAAGAAAGUGAGGUUUAGUGAGCAAAAGAAAAAGGUUAAAAAAGUUGAGGCAAAGCCAAAUAAUCUCGUCGAUGCUCUUUUUAAAUCAAUUGUAGGAAAUGAUGACGUUGUUGCUGAAGUUAAAAUUCAUGAACUAGAAGUUGAGCCAUCUACUUCCAAUCGCUGCAUCCUGCCUAAGAAAUUCAGUUUUGAGGAUGAAGAGCCAAAACCAGUUGAAAAAUCGGAAGAUGAAAAGAUGGUGGAGGGCUUGUUUGAUGAGUUGGAAUAUGCAUUCAUGUCAGAAACUAAUUCUCUUGAGGAAGACAGCGUUGUGGAAAAUGGAUCAAAUGCCGAUGACGAUGAUCCUUGUUCCAGAGGGAGCCACGACUUACGCCUUGAUGAAGAACUUGGGCUAGUCUGCUGUAUUUGCAAUCAUAUAGAGCUUGAAAGGAAAUAUGUUGAUCCUAAAUUCGCACCCAAUAUUCGCAAAGAUACACGACGAGGGGGCGAUUACGAGAGACAAUCAUUCUUCAACGAUCUUGACUUCACACCCGAGGGCAGCGACUUUGGAGAUCCCCUCAGUGCUUGUAAGGGAUCAGUUUGGGAUACUAUUCCUGGUGUGCAAACAAAACUGUAUGAGCACCAACGAGAAGGUUUUGAGUUUUUGUGGAAGAACCUGGAGGGAACAAUUGAUCUUGCUGAAAUAAGGAAUUUUGAUAAAAGUCAGACAGGUGGAUGCAUAAUUUCACACGCUCCUGGAACAGGAAAAACACUUUUAACCAUAGUUUUCAUACACACCUACCUGAAAUUAUUUCCUAGUUCCAGGCCAGUCAUAAUAGCCCCAGCCAGCAUGCUUCUUACCUGGGAAGAAGAGUUCAAGAAAUGGAAUCCUGAUCUUCCAUUCCAUAACAUUAACAAUGGGGAGUUGUCAGGCAAGGAAAACAAGAAAGCUCUUGAGAUUGUCCCAAAGGGCAAAACCCCAACUGAAGAUUUACUUCGCCUAGUUAAAAUUUACUCGUGGACCAAGGAGAAAAGCAUUCUAGGCAUAAGUUAUAGCUUAUUUGAGAUGCUUGUUGGAGGAAGGACUGAGAAGAAGGACUUCAGAAAAAUACUUGUGGAGAUGCCAGGACUGGUGGUUAUGGAUGAAGGACACACUCCACGCAGCAGCAAAAGUUUACUUUGGAUGGCUCUGUUAAAGCUCCAAACAAACAAGAGAAUAAUACUAACUGGAACUCCCUUUCAGAACAAUUUUGGAGAGCUUUUCAACACUCUGCGUUUGGUAAGGCCAUCCACUGCCGAACUUCUAUCCAAAGACAAAACUUUUUCUGAGAUGAUCACUGCAAGGGGAAGGUAUUCUCGUCAAAAGAAUAAACAUUUGGAAACUUGUUACUCCAUUUCAAAGAACCAGGCUGUUGACAACGAAGGUAUUGAGAAGCUAAAAGCUGCCAUUGCCCCUUUUGUCCAUGUUCACAAAGGUACCAUUCUCCAAAGAAGUCUCCCUGGCCUGAAAGAUAGUGUCAUUCUUCUGAAUCCCCAACCUAUUCAGAAACGUUUCAUAGGGGCAAUUGACGCUUCUCGUGGUACUGCAUCCUUUGAGUACGACCAUAAAGUUGCUCUCAUCUCUACCCAUCCAUCCCUGUUUAGGAAAUGCAACCCCAAUGCUAAGGAGAAGGCUGGUAUUGAUAUGGAAGCGCUAGAGAAAUUGAGGAUGGACCCUUCCCAGGGUGUGAAGACAAAAUUCGUUAUGGAGAUGGUUCGCCUCAGCUGUAAAGUGCAUGAGAAAGUUCUGGUGUUCACCCAGUACAAAGAUAUCCUUCAUCUUAUGGCACAACAACUUGAGACUCGCUUCAAAUGGGAGGAAGGCAGGCAUGUUAUCAAGAUGUAUGGUGAUGUAGAUCAAAAGACCAGGCAGAACAUAAUAACAAGCUUCAAUGACCCUUAUAGUGAUGCUUUUGUCUUGCUUGCUUCAACCAAGUGUUGCUCCGAGGGUAUAAACUUAGUUGGGGCGUCGAGAGUGGUCUUAAUAGAUGUAGUCUGGAAUCCAUCGGUGGAAAGGCAAGCUAUUUGUCGUGCAUACAGGCUUGGACAAAAGAAAGUUGUGCACACUUAUCACUUGAUGGCUGCAGGAACUACCGAGGAAAGCAAGUACUGUAGGCAAAUUGAGAAAGAUCGCCUGUCUGAGCUGGUUUUCACCUCGACCACCAAGGAGAACAUAAAGGUCAAAAAUCCAGCAGCUGCCGUUGAUGAUGCAAUUCUCCAGCAGAUGUUAGCUGAUUAUAAUUUCAAGGAUAUGUUUGAGAAGAUUAUCUAUCAGCCCAAGGAGGCCAAUCUGAUCGAGAGUUUUGGUUUGGAGGCUCUUAUGUAACUCCAUUUCAGUCUAGGGUCAACAUAUGCUCUUGGAUUUCCUUGCAGGAGGAACAAAAUAGAUGAGGCUGAAGCAUUUUGUGAUACCAGCUGAGGAGACUAGAGAAGAAUGGAGUUGUAGGAGCUGUCAAAGAAGAUGAUAGUACCUUUUGUUUUACAAGUAUUAGUAAAGUGUUUUGCUCACAGACUAAUUUGUAUUGGAUUGUUUGUCUGCAUCACUCUCUUUCAUUGAGAUAUUCUCAGAUCUUAGGACAUCAAAUGUUUUGAUUAUGUUUGACGAUUUUUGACAUCCGGGGUUGCCAUAGUGUUUUUUUUCCUUAUUAUUAUUGUGUUUAAAGUCCAAGAUGUUUGCAAUAACAGCAGUAGUAGUUAGUAUAGUUCUGAAUAAGGUACAGGAAUCAUAAUUUAGUCCAAGACACAGCAUGAUUUAAUCCAAUGUGAGGAACCAGCGUAUGCUAGCUAAUGAGAUUAGUGAGACUUAGCAGUUUGUGA